AUGCCAAACCGCGAAGCAUCCAAAAGGGCCAGACGGAACCUGAAAGGAACCAUGGCCGUGCCGUUGUUACGGUGCCCACCUGCCUGCCCGGGUGAGCGUGCCGGGAUUCGAAGGCGGUUGAUCAGGCUGCUGGGUCUGCAGCGCUCGAGACAUUUCCUGGAAUUUAACCUCAUCUGGCGCAUGUGGACAUGGGAUGAAUGCAAGGCUUUCAGCGCAGUUGGCUUAAAGUUGGUUGGAGAGACGUAA